AUGCGGUGGCGCUGGCUGACGUCUGCAAUUGGAAGCGCCGCCCGCCGCCUCCUCCUCCUGCUUCUUCUGCUCACCCCCGUCAUCUGCUGCUUCUCGGAUGAGGGCGGCGGCGGUACGACGGACGGGGCGGCGCUGCUCCAGUUCAAGAGAGAGAUUACGUCUGAUCCUGCCGGUUUGCUCUCCCGGUGGACGGACUCCGGUGGGGAAGGCCCCUGCUCAUGGCCAGGAGUCUCCUGCGACGGGAGGUCUCGGGUUGUGGGGAUCAACGUCUCAGGAAGGGGCGACGGCGAUGCGUCCUUGGGAUCCACCGGCUCCGAUCCGGCGACUAGGCUGACGGGGAGGCUGUCUACUGCGAUCGGGCGUCUGACGGAGCUCAGAGUGCUGUCGCUCCCGUUCCAUAGCUUCCGAGGGGAGGUUCCGGGGGAGAUCUGGGAGCUUCAGAGCCUGGAAGUAGUCGACCUCGAAGGGAGCUCCAUUUCGGGAGUGCUCCCCGGGAGGUUCCCCGGCGGGUUGCGAGUGCUGAACUUGGCGUCCAACCGGAUCGAAGGUGAGAUCCCAUCUUCACUCUCCGGCUGCGUGGAGUUGGAGGCCAUGGACUUGUCCCGCAACAGGAUUAAAGGCACGAUCCCCGGUUUCUUCGGCGAUCUCCCUAAACUGAGGGAGUUGGAUCUGUCGUUCAACAAGCUCGGCGGUCGAAUCCCUGGCGAGAUCGGCGAUGCGUGCCCGAGUCUCGAGCAUCUGGAUCUCUCUGGUAAUCUGCUAGUCCAAAGCAUUCCUACCACUCUCGGAAGUUGCAAGUCGCUUCGAGCCCUACUGCUCUCCUCCAAUCUACUAGAGGGCAUCCUUCCGGCAGAGUUUCGGCGGCUAGAGAAGCUUCAGAUGUUGAAUGUAUCAAGAAACAGGCUUAACGGCUGUCUUCCCGCCGGUCUCGGUAGCUGCAGAGCUCUCAGAUGUUUGGAUGUUUCUAAGAACCAGAUCGGUGGAAGAAUUCCACAAGAUCUGGGUCUUCUAGGAUCCCUUGUAUGGGUUGACUUGAGCUGGAAUAAAUUGCAGGGCCAGAUUCCGGUUAGCUUUGGGCAGCUGAAGAACGCAGAGUAUCUUCUGCUUGCUGGAAACAACUUGACAGGGGAAAUCCCUGCCGGAUUGCUUCAAUCAUUCUCUCUCAAGCUGCUGGAUGUUUCGUCAAAUCAUCUUUCGGGUGAGAUCCCAAAGGACCUCUUCAGCUCGAAAGAUAUCUCUGUUCUUGGGCUCAACAGCAACAAUCUGUCAGGAGAGAUCGCCUCCUCCAGAGCCGGAAAGAUGAGAUCGCCAUCGGUCUUCAGCUCCUCAUUCAAUCAUUUUUCCGCAUCGGCAGCACAGAUGAAUGCCAUCCAAAGAACUGCAGAUGCUACCCCGAGGUACUCCUUUCUCCAGUCCUCUGAAGCUUCUUCUCCGGCGAGCGCUCCUGCGAAGAAGUUCACCUCCAUUGAGGUCGCUGCGAUUGUCUCUGCUGCCGCCAUUGUUUCGGUCCUGCUGUCCCUGAUUGCCCUCUAUGUGUACACAAGGAAGUGUCUUCCCCGCAAUGCCGUUCAGUCCUCCGAGAGACGGGAAGUCACAGUCUUUAUGGAAACCCAGGUCCCGUUGACAUACGAGAAUGUGGUCAGAGCCACUGGGUACUUCACAGGAAGCAACUGCAUCGGGAGUGGGGGCUUUGGAGCCACAUACAAGGCCGAGGUAGCCCCCGGUGUGAUCCUCGCCAUUAAGAGACUCUCGGUGGGGAGAGUCCAGGGGAUCCAGCACUUCCACGCAGAGAUCAAGACCCUAGGAACCCGCCGCCACCCCAACCUCGUCACCUUGAUCGGGUACCAUCUCGGCGAGGCAGAGACCUUCCUCAUCUACAAUUACCUGCCGGGCGGCAACCUGGAGAAGUUUAUCAGGGAGAGAUCCAAGAGGCCCGUUGACUGGUGGAUGCUGCACAAGAUCGCCCUCGACAUCGCUCGGGCGCUCAAGUAUCUGCACCACCGCUCCAACCGCAUCCUGCACCGGGACGUCAAGCCGAGCAACAUUCUGCUGGACAACGAGCUGAACGCCUAUCUGUCAGACUUUGGCCUGGCCAGGCUCUUGGGCAACUCUGAAACUCAUCUGACCACUGACGUGGAAGGAACCUUUGGGUAUGUCGCGCCGGAGUAUGCAACCAUGUGCCGGGUCUCUGAUAAGGCCGAUGUGUACAGCUAUGGCGUUGUGCUGCUAGAGCUGCUCUCAGACAAGAAGGUCUUCGAUCCCUAUUUCUCCAAUUACGGGAAUGGUUUCACCAUCGUCAGCUGGGCGGGCAUGUGUCUUCAGCAGGGCCGGGAGCAGGAGUUCUUCACCGAGGGGCUCUGGGACGUCGGACUCCACGACGACUUGGUAGAGAUACUGAACCUGGCUGUCAUGUGCACCGAUGCUGUACCCUCCAGUCGGCCCACAAUGAAGGUGGUGGUUCAGCGGCUGAAGCAGCUCGCGCCUCCGACUCUCUGA